AUGGGCUUACAUUUGACUCAAUCCCAGCGGCUCCAGCUGGUGAUCUCCAUCUCUUUUUGCUUCUUCAUCGCAGAGAUCUCCGUUGGAUUCUAUACAAGAUCUCUAGCUCUUGUAGCAGAUGCAUUCCACUAUCUGAACGACUUGAUUGGUUUUAUCGUUGCGUUUGCUGCUCUGAAGAUCUCGGCAAACAAAGACUCUCCGCAUGACCUUUCCUUUGGCUGGCAGCGCUCUCGACUUCUCGGUGCCUUCUUCAACGGCGUUUUCCUUCUCGCAUUGGGCGUCAGUAUUUUCCUGCAAUCUAUAGAGCGAUUUGUCUCUGUUCAGGUUGUGGAACAGCCAAAACUUGUGCUCAUCAUUGGUUGCGUCGGCCUGGCUCUCAAUAUUAUCAGCGCCUCGUUCCUGCAUGACCACGGUCACUCGCACGAUCAUUCCCACGGCAACGACGCCGGUGCUUCGAAUUUUACACAGCGAUCUGGCAACGCAGAAAGUGGCACAGAGCAGACUUUUGUCUUACACGAUAAUCAUCGUCACAAUGAUCAGCCACCAUCGAAGACUGGGUAUGAUCUUGGCAUGCUGGGUGUCUUGAUUCAUGUCAUAGGUGAUGCUGCAAACAAUGUCGGUGUCAUCAUCUCGGCCCUAAUAAUCUGGCUCACUACGUCCCCCGCGCGCUACUACGCAGACCCUGCUGUCAGCAUGGCUAUCGCUCUUGUUAUCCUCACAACUUCACUCCCCCUGGUGAGAAACUCGGGUAAAAUACUACUUGAAAGUGUCCCGAAGGGUAUCAAUCUCGAAGACAUUAAACACGAUCUCGAAACAAUCCCUGGUGUUUUGUCCAUCCACGAACUCCACGUCUGGCGCCUCAACCAGGAGAAGGCGUUGGCAUCAGUUCACGUCACUAUUUCUAAGAAAACGAUUCCCGACUACCGUGCAGCCGGAGCUUGGGUCAAACUCUCCGUCGGCGAUCUCGUCCGGUGUUGA